GUGGAUAUGGCUAUCCAAAUUACUACGGUCUUUGCAUCUCAUUUUCUUCCAUUUUGCCGGCGAAAUUUCUAACAGCAAAGGGAUAGCGUGAAAAUCAGAAGCAAUGGCAUUGGCAGCUUCAGGGACUUCGGGAGUAGUAUUGGCGAAUAAGUUUAAUCUGUGUUUCCUAAAAAACAAGACUUUAGGGUUGCCGUCAUCGAGGGUCAGUGUGGCUUCAGAGCUUGGGUUCGUCUCUUCGCAAUUGAGUGGCUUCAAAAUUUCAUAUCCCCAUUCACCUAGAGCCACACCCGCAGUUUCUGCCCCAUUGUUACCUGCUUUACAACCCGUUGCUCGAAGAGUGUGCCCCUUCACUGGAAAGAAAGCAAACAAGGCCAACAAAGUCUCAUUCUCAAACCAUAAGACGAAAAAGUUGCAAUUUGUGAACCUGCAGUACAAGAAAGUAUGGUGGGAAGCCGGGAAGCGCUAUGUAAAGCUUCGUUUGUCAACUAAGGCGUUGAAGACUAUAGAGAAGAAUGGACUUGAUGCUGUUGCAAAGAAGGCUGGAAUUGAUCUCAGUAAGAAAUAACUGAAUAAGUAUAUCCAAUCUGAUUAUUAUUGUAUCCUCUGGAAGAACAUGCCUAGCUCACAAAGUAUUCUUGGUACAUUUUCUUUUCUUUUUUAAUGUAUCUUAUUUUCUCAUAUGUUUUCUUCCUCCCCCAACUCCUUAUAAUGUAUCUUUAUUUUUUAUAAACUAGAUUUGUUUUAAAUUAUUAUGGCAAAAUUCAAGUAUUGUUAUUGUUCAUAAGGAAUGAGAAUGUGAUAGUGUACGCUUGAUUCUGAAUGUAACACAAGGUAUUAGCCUGGAGUUUCAGUUUUCUUCA